AUGAAUACUUUAUAUAAUGAAUUAGUCAAGGUAUUGGAGCGGGACUCUGAGCCUAAGUUAAAGUUGGAUGAUAGCCUAAGAGAUAAAAAAUUAUCAAACUCACCUUCUUCAUCAGAUGUAAUAAGAACGACACCUUUAACUGACAUACAACUAUCUAAUCAAUGCAUUGAUUCACAAGUUUUGAAGAAUGAUCCAAAUGAUAUUUAUAAUGUACCACCAAUUGACUCAAAAUUACUAGAAGAUAAACCUUGGAAAAGAGAUGCCAAAUAUUUCAGUAAAUGUAAAAUAUCAUCAUUAGCAUUAAUGAAAAUGUCUAUCCACGCACAACAAGGUGGAUCAAUUGAAAUUAUGGGAAUGUUGAUUGGUAAAAUUAUUGAUAAUACCAUAGUGGUUUUAGACACGUAUAGAUUACCAGUUGAAGGUACAGAAACAAGAGUAAAUGCUCAAGGAGAAGCUUAUGAAUACAUGGUACAAUAUUUAGAAUUAAAUCAAAGAAUUAGUAGUGAAAUUGAAACAACAAUAGGAGAGCAAGUAGCAGAUGAAUCAAAUGCCGGCAAAAGUUUAAGAAGGGAACAUAUUGUUGGUUGGUAUCAUUCUCAUCCAGGUUAUGGAUGUUGGUUAAGUGGUAUAGAUGUAAGUACUCAAGAAUUAAAUCAAAAUUUUCAAGAUCCUUAUUUAGCUAUAGUUGUUGAUCCAAUUAAAACUUUGAAACUGGGGAAAGUUGAUAUUGGAGCAUUUAGAACUUUGCCAUCAGGUUAUCAAGAACAAUCUCAACCACAAUCGAAAACUUCUACAUCAUCAGCCACCAAAUCUAAAGCAAAAUUCAAUUUACCAAAACUGAAAAGACAAGAAUUCGGAAGUCAUUCCAAUCGUUAUUACUCAUUAGAUGUUGAAAUUUUCGAAAACUCAAAUGAUUCUGAGAUGUUAAAUUUGAUAAAUAAUCAAAAACUUCAAAAUCAAAAUUUAUUAACAAAUUAUGGAAUUGAUUUAAAUGAUAAAUUCAAUGCUUUGCAAGAAGAGGAUUUCAAAAAUAUAAAUUUUUUGAAAAAUUUUGAAAUUUUGGACGAAAACAACAACUCGAAUGAAAACUUGAAAAAAUUAAUUAAAGAUUUAGAUUCUUUAAAAAGUCCAAUUAUUGAAAAAUCAACUAAUAAUAUUUUGAAAAAAUUAGUAAAUUUUCAUAAAGAAAAUAAAUCAAAAUUGAAUGAUGAAGUGACAGGUAAAAUAAAAGCUACAAAAGGUAAAUCCAAAAAAACACAAGAAAUUGUUUAUGAUGAUGAAGAUGUAUUAGAUGAAAGUGAUUUAGAAAAAAAUGAAACUGGAAGAGAUGAUCGGUCUGCAGGCAUGACCGAUGAAGAAGAAGACGAACUUGAGUAUGAAAAUGAUCAUAGUAAAAACAAAAUUAAUGUUAGUAAUGAUGAUGAAAAUGAUGAUAGCAAGUCUUCAUUGGAUAAAAACGAACAGAGAAAUUUAGACGAGCAAGACGAUGGCGAUCUAGAUGACAUGGAAACAGAUGAAGAAGAGUCGCAAUCGUCAAUUUCUAAAGGAUUUAAAAACUCAGGAUUAGAGCAACGCCAUAAUUCAAGAAUUCAGAAAGGUUCAGAACAUUCAGCAAACAUAAAAACAAAGUCAAAUACUAUUAAUUCAAUGAAUGAUAAACCUAGAAGAUUAAAACGUCGUCAAGGUUCUGAUCAACAACUUCAAUCAGCCCUUUUUCAACAGCAGCAACAACACUUAUCAAGAAGAGAUCAAUUAGAUGAUACAAUAAAUUUUGAUAAUAAAUCUUUUAUGAAACAACAACAAGAUGAAUAUAUUAGAAGACAAAAAUAUUUUGAAUAUCAAAGAAGACAACAAAUAAAUCAUCAAUCACAUUUAUCAACAAAUAUUAACAAUAAAAAUAAUAAAAUAAAUGAUAAUAAUUUAAAAUCAUCUUAUAAUCCACAUUUACAAGAAUUAUAUCAUCCAAUGUUGCUAUCCAAUAAUGAAAUUUUAACUAAUCAAACUUUAUUGGGUUAUGGAAUGGAAUUUAAAAAUAAAAAUAAAAAUUUAAUUGAUUUGAAUAAUUUAAUAUUAUCAAAUAAAUUAUGUGAUUUAAUUAGUUUAGAUGGUCAAGAAAUCUUAAAUUUUAAAGAUGAUGAAAAUAAAGAAAAUGAAUUAUCAAGUAAUAAGAAAUUAGUCGGAAAUACUGAUCAACAAUGA